AUGCCCCGCGUAGCACUCAUCACAGGCUGCUCGGAACCCACGUCAAUCGGCGCGGCGAUCGCGCUCGAGCUCCACCGGCGCGGCGUGCGAGUGUUCGCUACCGCGCGGCGCAUCGAGACGCUCAAGCCGCUCGCCGAAGCGGGGUGCGAUACGCUCGAGCUGGACGUUACCAAGGCCGAGUCGAUCGCGGCCGCCGUCGGCGCUGUCACGUCCGCCGCGGGGCGGCUCGACAUCCUCAUCAAUAAUGCCGGCGUGAGCGGCACCGCGCCGCUCCUCGAGACGGACCUGGACCGCAUGCGCGCGCUGUACGAAGUGAACGUGUUCGGCCCCUUGGCCCUCGCGCAGGCCUUCACGCCGCUGCUCCACAGCGAGCAGCACGACAGCGUCAUACUCAACGUCGGCUCGGGGGCGUGCUGGGGCCCGCCCAUGCUCGGCGCGUACGGCAGCUCCAAGGCGGCCAUCCAGGCGUGGUCGGACGCGCUGAGGCGCGAGCUGGCGGGGUCGCGCAUCCACGUGGUGACGCUCGAGCUGCUCGCCGUCAACACGCCGCUCUGUAAGCUCGACAAGACGUUCGCUCUGCACUCUUCCACGCCGAGCGGGCUUUUCCCAAACUUUGCCGAGUGGGACCGCAUGUUCGCCGACGAGGCCAAAGUCCAAGCGGAGCGCGGUGCGCGUCCCGCCGACGUGGCGCGGCGUAUCGCCAAUGUCGUGCUGGCCAAGAAGCCGCCCGGGAAGAUAUGGGCGGGGAACCCCGCGUGGCUGUUUCGAUACUUCUGGCCCCUCGCGCCCGUCAAGCUCAUGGACUAUGCGUUCUGGCUCGUCGGCAAGGUCAAGGGGUUCGAUCCGACCACCGCUGCGAGGGUGCCGGCUGAGACGAGUGGCGCCGCCCCCGUCUGA